AUGCCUAGUGAUUUGGAAACCAGAUUACAACAUGGCCACGGGGCCGUUGAUGACUGGACCAGAACAGAGGAUAAGGAUCUUCGCAAGAGGAUACAAAAUAGGCUUGCUCAGCGGAAGAGACGGGAAAAACUAGCUCAAACACAUUUCCGGGCGAAGCGGCGAAACCGUGCAGUGGGUCGCGAAGAGGCCGAUGGGGAUAGCAGCUCUGCUUCUCCUUCUGAGGUCAUUGAAACAAUCAACCCCCAGCGCAUUGUCUCAUCAUGGAACAAGAAUGAUAGCGUGGGUUUGAAAAUUCAGAAUAUGAUCGUCGCCACGGGGUUGGCAGAGCAUCGAUUCAUCAGACUAGCCCAAUAUUCUCUCCUUCGGGCGUUCGUUUCGAACGCAGCAAUUCUGGGACUCAGCCCAGCUUUGUUGGCAGACGACGAGUCCAUCUCCCCCUGGACUAUUUCGAAUCCUUUCAAGCCUGCGGAAUAUGCGACAGAAUAUCCGCAUACACUCCGACCGACCCACAUCCAACUGAGCACAUAUCAUCACCCGUAUAUCGACCUCAUCGCCUCACCUAACUUCCGAGACAAUAUACUCUUGGCUAUGUUGACUGAUGAACAAGAGGAUCAGUUUUGCCAUGAUUUCUCGAGCGAUGCGGUCAAAAUCUGGGGCAGCCAGCCCUGGAAUCCAACGGGCUGGGAAAUCUCACAAGAAUUUUUAGACAGAUGGUCGUCCUUGAUUGAUGAAGGUACCAUCCGAACUUCCAAUUUCUGGCGACUAGAGAGAGGCGAGCGCCCAUUGGCACUACCAGCACCCUCGACGACAUCUGAAACCGAUAAUCAAUUGAUCGCAACAGAGACCUUCUAA